AUGGCUUCCUCUUCCUCCCGCAAUCCUUCACGACAACCGCGCGACCUCAUCACCAGGAUUCACACCGAUGCUCUGGAUACGCCUACCACGCUUAUUGGGAGGAUCGACAUAUCAGUUAGUCAAGCUCACGAGGACUCCAGUUCGUCCGAGUCGGAUUUCAAGCGAAGAAAGCCUACCAAACAGCCGCCUCGUCAUGUACGGUCCCUGAGCAAUCCAUUUCCCUCCUUCUUUGGCGGAUCCAGGAGGAGACAGGGUUCAACGAGCCAACUUCGUCCACCUGAUUCGACCUCCUCGAAAAGUAAUAGCAGCAUCGUCAUGACUGGCCGCGGCGCUGUCAAUGCCAGACAAGAACAGAUUCCGGCCGCCAGGAAGGACUUUGCCACCGGAAAUUGUAUGACUUGUGGGUCGUUGAUGCGCUGGCCCAAGGAUCUCAGGGUCUUCAAAUGCACGAUAUGUGUGACGAUUAACGAUCUGGAACUUCCGGGGGAUGAGUCUCUAAAGUCUGGCUUCUUUGGGAGGCGACGUGGGGAUAGUACCUCGCAUGCGCCGACUCAAAAAUCAAGCCGUCAGCCGAUUUCAGUGCAACAAUGCAGAGCUCUGGUGAGACAAUGUGUUCAUGCGUAUCUUGUGGCUAAGUUGGUACCGACGCAACUCCCGCGAGGCGACUUUGAGCGGCCUAUCCAACAUGGGUCUCUGCAUUUCUCAACGACGGACGUCAAUCCAAGUGUCUAUUGCGAGUGUCUCGACAGCGAUGCCGUCGGCAUACACGACACGCACGGUAAUUACACCUCCAAAUAUAUUUUUGCAGAACAACCUACGCUGCGGCCGAACCCUUCGCGACCGGCUCUUGCCGCAAAGUCCUAUUCAUAUUCGUAUCCCGAAAGGUCGCCGCCUCCUCCUCCCCUAUCUCCGAACCUCCCCAAGCCAGACAUGGUUGUACGGCCAAGAGCUGCAUCACCAAGUCUUCACGUAUGCGAGCCGAAGCGUAUAUUCAAAUCAUUGGAGGAGUACAUAGUCAAUGCUUUCGGCUCGUACCAGUCAGUUGCUACUUCCUUUUCAUCGCAACAAAGAGGACGAGAUGGAAACGCAAAAGAAUCCGCCCAACGCAGGCCCUUGCCCUCUCGAGGAAGGUCAGGCUCGAGGCCUAUUUUAAACAGCCACAGAGAUGAUUUGCAACCAGACAACUCCAUUGAUGGAAUUGAUGCCAAGAUGCUGCUUCUAGGUGACGUCGCCGAAAAUGGCUUGUGGUGGACUGGUGGUCGGUCCCAGCUUCUCCCACCCAACACACCAGCGUCUACACAUCGGUCCGAGAGCCCACAGAAGAAGCCCUCUUCAUUGAAAAACCUGAACCUAGAUUGGGAUGAGUUAGCAAACUGGUAUUCAUUAAUAAUUAAUGCAGCGGAGGGUUGGUUUCAAGUCUACGAAGAUAUCUGCAAGGAAUAUACGGUCGAACCCCAGUCACAGCGGGAUCUUCAGCUCUUGGAGCAAGAAUUGCUCCAAGGGCAAUUGCAUACUCAGAGGUUGCUCUUGAAAGCUACCGAAUCGUUGUUGAAACGACCAGGUCGACCAAUUACCGACCCUAGCGACCUUCGAACACUUUUCGUCAUCAUGGAUAAUCCCUUACUACACUCAAAUUCUCGGCCGUUUCGAGGAUUUUUGCAGCCAGAGGCAGCGGCUCCCGUAGUUUUUCCACAAACACAUCCCAAGCCGUCCAAGCCGAAAACUCUUCCGACCUCGGGACUCCUAUCCGGGCAGCAUUCUGGUAUCGUGAAGAGAGUCAUAGGGUUGUUUUCCAAUGCACCGGCGGAUUGUCACCAACAGCUCAUCGCCUGGUUUGCUAAAAUCGGCAAUCCACGCUUUGCUCGCAUCAAAGACCUGGUGUCGGGGUUUCUUAGCUACCGGUUGCUGAGGCAAAUCGACAAGAAGCAACAUACAGAAGUCGACAUUACUGCUGGACUGAUUCCAGAGAUGCGCACAGGUAGAUCUGUGGGCGGAUCGUAUUUGCAUGACGAGAUCAGCUCGGGAGGCCUUUCGAAGAAGAAGAAGGAGGCGGAGCCCAAGAUAGCUUACACCGAAGACUGGCAGAUCAGGGCUGCUGCUCGUGUACUUGCCCUCUUGUUUGCAGCGAACAAUGCGCCUGGGCUCAGACAAGGGCUGUCGGCACAGUCCGCGGUCAGCGUUGCGGCGGUCGGAUCAACUCGUCAACACGGGCUCUCGGAGGGACAACUUUUGCCAACCAGCGACUUUUACAACUCAAUAGUGGAUUACGCCGACCUGGUGAGCGAUUUUGAGUCGUGGGAAUCCAAGCGGACCAAGUUCUCAUUCUGCCAGUACCCAUUCCUGAUGAGCAUCUGGGCCAAAACUCAUAUUCUUGAGCAUGAUGCGCGGCGACAGAUGCAAAUGAAGGCACGGGACGCAUUUCUCGACAGCAUCAUGACAAACAGAACUUUCAACCAGCAUCUGUCACUGAAUGUUCGUCGAGAAUGCCUCGUGGAGGACAGUCUCACUGCUGUUAGCGAGGUGAUUGGUAGCGGCAGUGAGGACAUCAAAAAGGCUCUCCGAAUUACAUUUCGUGGUGAAGAGGGCAUCGAUGGCGGCGGCCUACGGAAAGAAUGGUUUUUGCUUCUCGUCCGGGAGGUGUUCAACCCCGAUCAUGGUCUGUUUCAGUACGACGAAGACUCGCAAUAUUGCUAUUUCGACCCCAACACGUUUGAGACCUCUGACCAGUUUUUCCUGGUGGGUGUUGUCAUGGGUCUGGCCAUAUACAAUUCUACCAUUCUAGAUGUUGCGCUCCCACCCUUUGCAUUCCGCAAGCUCUUGGCAGCUGCUCCAGCCCAUGGCCUAGGAAAGUCAUCCCGCCCUCGACCAUCGAUGCAGUACACCCUCAGCGACUUGGCCGAAUAUAGACCCCGAGUAGCUCAGGGACUGCGCCAGCUUCUUGAAUUUGAGGGAGACGUGGAAAGUACUUUCUGCUUGGACUUUGUGAUUGACACGGAAAAAUUUGGGACCCUGGUUCAAGUGCCUCUGUGCCCAGGAGGCGAGCGAAAGCCGGUCACCAACAAUAAUCGCAGAGAGUACGUUGAACUUUACGUCAGAUUCCUCCUCGAAACAGCAGUGGCACGACAGUUUGAACCGUUCAAAAGAGGCUUCUACACUGUGUGCGGAGGAAAUGCCUUUUCUCUCUUUAGGCCAGAAGAGAUUGAGCUUCUCAUCAGGGGCUCAGAUGAGGCUCUCGACAUUGCCUCGCUCCGAGCCGCCGCCGAGUACGACAACUGGAAUCACCAGCAGCCCGACGGCCAUGUCGACGUGGUUGGGUGGUUCUGGGAGACGUUUCAUGAGGCGACGCCGGCGAAGCAGCGUAAGCUGCUGUCUUUUAUAACGGGGAGUGACAGGAUUCCCGCAACAGGAGCAUCUCUGCUUCCUAUAAAAAUAUCAUGUCUUGGAGAGGACUGCGGCCGCUAUCCCAUUGCGAGGACAUGCUUCAACAUGAUAUCACUGUGGGAGUAUGGAUCCAAGCAAAGGUUGGAGGGAAUGUUGUGGAGAGCAGUGUUUGAAAGUGAAGGAUUUGGCCUCAAAUAG